AUUACACAUUGAAGACAGCAUUUAGCACGUUUUAUGGUCGUUAUAACGAUCUGGUUCGUCAAUACAACCUAUCAUUGGGUCAAAUGCUGUCUGACGCGUUUCAUACCGAUUGUUAAGCCGUUCUUGGCACACUGAUUUUGACUGCGGAUAACUCCGUUUACCUGAACAGGAUAUAGGGCUCACGCCGGGUGUGACCGCAAUCGAGACUGUUGAAACCCCUCUUCCAUCAACUUGUUUGUCAGUAGCUCUCCUCGAUUUAAAAACUGACCAUAAGCAGAACAAGCUAUAACGUAUCGAAAUCAGUUGAGAAAUAUAAACAUCAUAUGCAGGUGAUAAAGGAAUAUUGCUACAUAAAUAUUGGAAAUUAACGAUGAAGAAGCUGAAUUAAUCUUGUCUAUCAUAAAGUGGAGUUGUUAAUUUGCCGUUAAUAUCUAUUUUCAAUAAAAUAUCCAAGUAUGAAGCAGAAGUGGACGACUCUGUGGUGUCUUUUAUUUCAAGUUCACAGGGAUAUAUCGAAUCGACAUAUAAAUGAACAUUAUUAUUGUUAAUAGAUAAAACGUCGCCGAUAUAUCUAAAUGUCGCAUUGAAGGCCACAGCAGGGAUUUUGUCUUCUCACGUAGAAGGUUUUGAAUAAUUUCUGCUUCAUAUUAAUAUAAAGACAGGUCAGCUCACAAAGGAGCAUGAUUCGUGCCCAUGGGAAUUCCAACAGACUAUUGGAAGACCUGAUCACCAAAGAUGAUGAAGAUAUUGUCAAUGAAGAACUCCAGUAACUUCGAAAAAGCAACUGUCUAUGAUGUCGACAAUUCUAGUCUUGAAUUUACCUGUAACUACGGGGUCACCCACAACACCACAGGAGGCAUCAGCAAUGUCCGUAACUGGACCCAGCAGCGACGGAGGAGGGGGUACAGCUGGAGUGGCUGUAGUUGGUACAUUGGUGGUUAUAAUUCUACUAGUGAUUGUCGUCCUGGGCAUACUACUCCUAUACCGCCGCAACAAAUUACCAGAGAGGAUGCAAAGUUUUAUAACAGAGAGAAUAGGAGAUACAAGGAUAUUGUGUUGUCAAAGUGAAGAGAGCCAUAUUGUUGAUCCUGAAGUUGCAGCUCCAAUGAUUGUUAGUACAACUGACCAAGAAGGAUAUAAAGGCAGUACAACAAAGAUACAUAAACUCUUAAGAUAUGUACACCAUAUUUUGAAAAAAGAACUUGAAGUGUGUGACUUGAAGGAACAACUUAUCAUAUAUUCAGCAUCCUUGAAGGAACAUUUUAACCCAACUUUGUUAAAUGAUCUGAACAAUGUAAAACAUGUUGAGGAUUAUGAUCAAUUAGACAUGAAGGUCGUGUUUGCCUUGCUGAUGAAUUUGUGUAGCAACAUUAAGCCCCCAGCAACAGGUUGGGGUUACAAGCCUCGUGAUGACGAUUUCUCUACUGGAGCUGACCUUGAGAGGAUUCGCACGAUAUGGAAUGAGUAUUGUGACAAUCACUGUAAUAAUCAACAGCUUAAUUAUGUGUAUGGAAGAAUGUUAGAGAAAUAUGGAGAAAAUCCCACUGAAGCAAAAUUGGCAAAUCCAGAUGAAGAUGAAUUCAAGGACAUUAAAAUUAAAAUUGAUGCUGUUCGUUUGAAGAGAGAUUGCAAUGUUGAAGAUGGAGUUGUUGUGACAGAGAAUAUAAAGUCAGCUCUGACACUGUUGGAGACCUCAGAUGUCAUCAUUUGUAGAGGCGCCAUUGGUUGUGGUAAAACAACUGCAAUGAGGUACAUACAGGAAAAGUACGAGGACAAAGGAUGGCGAUCAGUUUGGUUUGAGGAGUAUAUUAACGAAGAUGACCUGAGGGAAAAUGAAAUUCAGGAUACGUUGCUCUGUUGUGACAAUCUGUUUGGAACAUUCAACUGGUAUGUUUUUUCAUCCGAAUCUGUAACCAGUUUUGAAGAUGUUAUAAAAAGCAAGAGAGAAAGAUACAAAGAACACCUUAAAGUUGUAUUAGGUAUACAUCAGCAUGUCUAUGAUAAAGUCAUGAAAUUCAGUAGACCACAAAUUUUUGAAAACAAAAAAUCAGUGGUUGAGAUGGAUGCACUCCGUGAAGCAGAACUGUUAUUAAUUUGGAAAGAAUUGAAAAAGGAGGGUCACUGUGUCCGUGAUCCAAGCUGUUACUUCAAAAGCAUUGAAUUCUCCUCCGUGUCCACAAAACUGUCUCUAAACCAAGGAAGUGUUGGGAAGCCAUUCUUACUUUCUAUGUAUACUCAGCACCAUGCUCUGUUCGCUAAUGACGACUUCACGAAGUCUCCAGUAACAACGCUAGUGGAUAAGUUUAAGAGAAUUCGUGAGGAGAAUAAGGAACUUUUCUAUUCUCUUGUUUACAUUAUGUAUGUAAGUGUGCACAAAAAAGAUGAAGAGAUCCUGGACUGGGCAGGUUCCAUUGAAUCAAGAUUAACAAAGAGUAGUAUAGAAAAAUGCGCUGAAAAGUUUCCUGGGUAUCUCUCUGAGGAUGAUAAUACUUUGGAACUUAAACACGAACUGCUAAAUAUAGCACUUUUUAGGGCGUGUUUUGGGAUUGAAGAAAUGUUAUGUUCACUUGUUUACCACUGUAACAAGGAAACAGUUCUUCAGCUAACAAGAAUCAAAGAAGAAUGUGACACUGAUUUUGUCAAUUGUUUGCCGUCCUCUGACACUGACGAUAAGGUGAAGGUAGAAUUGUUGAAAAAGAUUGCAGAUGCUAAAGGUGUUAAAUUCAAUAAACCAACACAUCUCCGAAGAAAAUGUGGAAAAGUUCUUACACAGAAAAGAUGAAAGACAAUAAAUGCAUGUAUGUGGCUUUUUCUUAGAUUGGUAUGGACGACACAACUCAAUGCUCACCAAUUUCCUCGCUUCUGGAUUGUGAAAAAGUUAUCUUGAGGAGGAAUUCUUGUCAUUCAGACAUAUUAGUUAAUUAAGAUGUGCUACAUGUAUAUAAAUGAUGAAACCACA